AUGUCAACUGACACAGCUACGGCACGAGCCAUGGCGCUGCCCGAGAUAUUAUCCGAGGUCUUCGCUAUUCUCCAUGGCCAGGAGGACUUCUCCAGUCUAGCUUCGGCAGCUCGAGCGAACAGUCUAUGGUUUACUUGCGCGACUGAUAUUCUGUGGAGCCAGGUGAAAGGCGACGCCAUCACCAGCAUCGCCAACAUCGCCGAUAGUCGUCGACAGUUAUACGCUUCCAAGGUUGAGGGUAUCAAAUUUGAUGGCAAUAAACGUGACAUGCCAACAGACCUUCCCGACCUUUGUUUCAAUAAGAUCAAGUCGAUUCUCUUUAGUGUAUACUGGCUCCCGCAAGGCAGCGCACAGUUAAUUAAACCAUAUAUCCAACCAAGCCUGGAAAGUUUUGUCUUUUACGGCGAGGACUUUGUUGACGAGAUACUCCUUCAGCUUCAAUCCACGUGCCACCGUCUUCAGGUGCUCCUCAUAGACAACACGGAAAUGGAUUUCAGGAGGCCAAAACUCACCGGGGAGACGCUUUUCAGACUCAUUUCUCAAACAAGAACACUCCGCGACCUGAGUCUUUGCUGCGGGGGGAUCUCGGAUGAGCUCUUCUUUUGUGUUUCGGGACUAGAAAAUCUAUCCGCACUGAGCUGGUGCGAUGACUUAACGCCCGAGUUGCUAUCGAGGACUGUCGCCCAGAACCCGAACCAUUUUCUCUCUCUCGAUUCGUUCUCCAUGCCAUAUGCGCUCCCAUCGAUAUCUGUAUCCUAUAUUGCCACGAUGCUCCCCAACAUCACCAAAAUAAAUUUGGGAUUUGGAGACAGUGAAUAUGAUAUGCUGACACAGCUUUCGACAAUCGAAAACUUAACUGAGCUCGAGUGCCUGUUUUAUUGCAACGCCUCGUUUUCCGCACCACAAAUACUGUCGCUCAAAGCCCUUAGCAAGUUAACAAAGCUAUCUAUCCGGUUUGGGUGCGACUUUGACCGCCGUGAUACGACAAGCCCGUUCGGUGAUGCAGAGUUUCACGAGAUGAUAUCCGCACUCCCUGGUCUGCAGUGUCUGCAGAUGGAGUUCAAGUGUGAUCUCACCGCUGCAUCGCUGUUGUCUCUCUCGGCAUGCCCCAAGCUUGACCACUUUUCCAUGCGAAGGGGACUCCGUUGCGAUCUAAGGUCUCUGCUGGCCCAGGCCGGGGAAGAGCCCCUACACCCGCAUUUGGGAACACUUUACCUGGCGCGGAUUUCGACAGACAACACCGAGCAUGUGGGACUAAAAUCUUCAACUACACACUAUGCGUCUAUAUCUGCUCGUGACUUGGCUUGUCAAAUCUUCAAGUAUUUCCCGAAGUUGGAAGAUUUCGAUGUUGAAGAUAUGAAUAGCCAUGAUGGCCUCGUUCAUAACGAGUUCUGUAACGUGAUCGCACAGUAUGAAUGA